GGUCGCGUCGUCCCGAGCAAGCCUCGCAAGUCAGCCGUGGCUUGGCUUGUCUUUCAAUCUCCCCCCGUCACCCCGACCCCCACCAAAAGUGGUUUUUUUUCCGAAUCCAGACAAAUCGCACGACGACGAAAAGCGAUCCGAAACACCACCGAAUCGCCGUCGCCCCCUUCAAAAUCGAAAUAUAUAAUCAUUGCCUCAAUCACUUCCUCCUCAUUCUCCUCCCCUUUCAAAAUCCUCCCACCUAAACCAGAAACCAGCCCUUCCUCCAUAGAUCUCUCAUCUCUCUCUCUCUCUCUCUCUCCAUCUCUCUGUCUUUCUGAAAUGGAGAACCGCCUGAAGCUUCGCAUCUCCCGCAUGUUCCACUCCUCCUUCUCCUCCCUGCAAGCCCCGGCCCGACGCCGCCUCCGCCGCAUCCUCCGACGUCGUCGAGAGCUCCCGCUUCGCUUCUUCCACGGAGCCGCUCUUGCCCCACAAGCCUCGCCCUCCUCCCUCUGCGGACCCCAGGAGAACCGCCCUGCCGCCUCCGCCGUCGUCGACGACGCCUGCAUUGUCCCCGCCAAGGCCGCCCGCGAUCGCCCCCGGCAGAAGUUAUCGGGCCGGGACGUCCGCAACGGCCGCUUCUGCCCCCCGACCUCCCCCGUCUCGUCUCUGAGCCGGAUGUUCACCGGCGGGUUCAGGGACGAGUAUUACCAUUGGCAACCUCAUCUCCAUCGCCACGGUCGCGGCGGGUUCGAAGAGUGUCGCAAGAAAAACGUGGCCAAGAAGAGCAAGAGCAAAAGCAAGAAGAGCAGCGGCAAUGCUACGCGCCCUCUGAGCUUCAGCUCGUCCUCGCAGAGCACUUACUACGACGGCGACCUGUUCAGCAGCGACGACGAGCGAGAGGACGACGAGACGGAGACCCUGUUCUCUUCCCGGAGCCUCUCCUCCGACUCCUCCGAGUCCCAGAGCUUCGCGGUCGUUAAGCGGUCGAGCGACCCGUACGGUGACUUCAGGACGUCGAUGGUGGAGAUGAUCGUGGAGAGGCAGAUGUUCUCGGCCAAGGACCUGGAGCGGCUCCUGAACUGCUUCCUCUCCCUCAACUCCCACCACCAUCACAAGACCAUCGUCCAAGUGUUCACCGAGAUUUACGAGGCUCUGUUUUCAAACUGGUGUUGAGAAAAAAAAAAAAAACCGACUGCCUUGCGCUGCUUUUCUUCUCUUUCGUUUUUUUCCCCCUUUCUCCCCUGCAGUUCUCUGCUAGUUUAGUGUUGUUAUUAGCCUUAGACGCUCCUAACUGAAAUUGACCGAACUAAUGAAAUGAAU